AUGCUUUUAUUAGCGGGCAGAAAAUUACAAAAUUUGCGUUUUCUCACGGAUUUACUCAAACUUAGAAUAACUUAUGUUCUGCUUCUGAGUUAUAAUGCUGAAUUAUUGAUUACAUCGUUAGAAUUAUACUUUAUCGAACACAUUUUCAUUGCUGGUUGUGGUUAUGCAUAUCUUAGCAAAUAUGAAUGCGCUCGAAAAGGUAUCUGCCUUUAUACCUGGUCAUUUUUCAAAUCUUUAAUUUCCGGCGAUCAGCGACCUUCAAAGUAUUCUAGCUGUGAGAAAAUUUUUGCUGCCCUCCACAGAAUCGAAGGCGUAUUUCGAACCUUGUAUUUUAGCAUUUCCACGAAAUGUUCAUCACUUUCUGUAGUUAUUGUGCUGAAUAUUUUACUUGUUGUAGUGGUAGAGAGAACAAAAAGCUCCGCCAGGCAUCAAUGUGAAAUAGCAUGA